AUGAGUGUCGAAAAAGAUGCCCAUUUGCCAUCUCCUUCUGCGGCGAUUGCGCAGAAUCCCGCAGAGCAGAUCCAGCUAGUCGAGGAGGCAGCAGUGGACAUAGAUAAAUCACAAGACGUUGUUGUGGACGAUGGCGAGGAUGGCCUGACUAAAAAGAAGAAAGCUGAUGCUGGACUGGGCAACUAUUUUCGAGUAUUCACGUAUGGCACGAAGCUGGACGCAUUGUUUAUCGCCCUUUGUGUUCUCACAUCGAUCGGCGCAGGAAUAACAAUGCCUUUGAUGAACAUAGUUUUUGGCCAGCUCGUUGGUCAUUUUACAGACUACUUUCUCCCCAAUUCGACAGUGACCAAAGAGGAAUUCAUGUCAGAAGUCAACAAGCAGGCCCUGUACAUUGUCUAUCUCUUCAUAGCCAAAUUCGGCAUGUCCUACAUUUCGAUGUUCACAAUACGGAUCAGUGGACUUCGAAUGAGUGCUGCGCUUCGAUUAGCUUACCUGAGGGCGACAUUUGCGCAACCCGUAAGCGUCAUUGACACUAUCUCACCUGGUAAAGUUUCGACGCGCAUCACCACCUCAUCGAACACGAUUCAACUCGGUAUCUCGCAACAACUCGCUCUGCUCUUCCAAUCUCUCGCUUUCACAAUCGGUCUAUAUGUGGUUGCGUUCGUCAAAGGACCGCUUCUCACUCUUAUCGCUAGCAUCUCGCUACCAUUCAUCUUCAUCACGUACGGAAUCAUAGUUCCACCGCUGAUGAAAGAAGCCAAGGCUACAGAGGCGAUCCUCGAGAAGGCAUCUGCGGUCGCAUACGAGAUAUUCUCUUCGAUCCGCAUCGUGGCAGCAUUCGGCGCACAGGCAAAACUAGCUAAACAACACGAAGUGCUCUUGGACAAUGCGAAAAAGCAGGGCAGAAAAGUAGCUCCUUGGAUGGGCCUAGUGAUGGCUCCUUCCAUGAUGGCGAUGUACGGCACCUUCGGACUAACCUUUUGGUUUGGAGUGCGACAGUACGAGCACGGACAUACUUCAAACAUCGGAGACAUCGUCGUGGUCCUCUUCUCUGUAAUGACGGCGGUCCUGCUGAUUGGGCGCGUAGCAGGCCCAUUCAUAGCCAUAACCAAAGCUGCGACGGCUGCCUCCGAGAUCUUCGCCACUAUCGAUUUCCCAGUCCCCGAUAUUUCUGGCCUGAAAGAACCAGAGAUAUCCUCUGAGCAAUCCAUUUCGUUUGAAAAUGUUGCCUUCUCGUAUCCGAGCCGUCCGAACGUGCAGAUCCUCGAUGGUCUCAACGCUACAUUUGAAGCUGGGAAGCUCACAGCUAUUGUUGGUCCUUCUGGUUCCGGAAAGAGCACUAUUGUCGGUCUCAUACAACGGUGGUACGACCUAUCAGGUACGGUUGCUAAGCAGGUGACCAAAGACAAGACCGAGGAUUCCGCACCGGCGGAUCUGGUUGGACAAGAACCCAUUCAGGAUGAGAAAACGAAGAAGAAGAAGAAGGGGUGGAGGAAAGGCAAGAACAAGGACAAGAAGUUGGUCAAGUCGGGCGAGAAAGAAGAGGAAGUCAACCUCGGGCCCAAUACAUGUACAGGUACCGUGCGUAUUGGUAACAUAGACCUUCUCCAGGUUGAUCUCAAAUGGUGGCGCUCCCAGAUUGGGCUUGUGCAACAGGAGCCAUUCCUAUUCAACGACACCCUCUUUAACAACGUCGCAUUUGGUCUCUGUGGAACGAAAUGGCAAGACUUGACGAAAGAAGAAAAAAUGAAGAUGGUCAAGGAAGCUUGCAAAGAGGCUUACGCAGAUGAAUUUAUAGACAGACUGCCGCAAGGCUAUGACACCAUGGUGGGCGAGAGUGGCAUCAAGCUAUCCGGUGGACAACGACAACGAAUCGCGAUCGCUAGAAGUAUCGUCAAGCAGCCGCCCAUCCUGAUUCUCGACGAAGCCACCAGUGCGAUCGAUGUUCGUACCGAGCGGAUCGUGCAGGAUGCCCUGGACCGUGUCUCGAAGAAUCGAACGACCAUUGUCAUCGCGCAUCGUCUGUCAACUAUCAAGCGCGCUGAUAAGAUUAUAGUGAUGCGACAAGGAAAACUCGUUGAGCAGGGUAGCCACGAUGAACUCGUUAAGAUUGAAGACGGCGUCUAUCAUAGUCUCGUCUACGCUCAGAACCUUGCUAUGGAAGCAGAUGAAGAGCUUGCAGAUGCACCGCUGCGAAAAUCGAAGACCGCUGAGACCGAAAAAUCCGACAUCGUGGAAACAGAAGAAGAUCGUCCAGCAUCAAAAGAUGAGCCGGAGUGGACUGACAAGAGUUUCAUGAGUACCGGUGGGCGUAUGAUAUUGGAACAACGUCACCACACUGUCCUAUAUUUGCUCGCCUUCGUGGGUAUCCUCGGCGCUGGAGCUGUGUAUCCCAUACAGGCAUACGUCUUUGCCAAUGUUGUUCAAGUCUUCACCUUGAGUGGUCAAUCUUUUGUGCAGAAGGGUUAUUUCUGGGCCGGCAUGUUCGGCAUCGAAGCUGCUGGCGUCGGGAUUGCGUACUUCGCUAUCGGCUUUUGCACUCACAUGAUUUCCAUCGCCAUUACCCGUCACUACAGACAAGAGUAUCUCCUCAACUUGAUAAGGCAGCGCAUACCGUUCUUCGAUCGCGAAGGUCAUUCGGCGGGAACAUUGACGUCCAGAGUAAGCGGUGACGCAACACAGCUCCAGCAACUCAUGAGCACUGAGAUGUCGAUGGCGGCCAUAGCUGUGGUCAACCUGGUUGGUUCCACAAUCAUCGCCUUCGUGUACGGAUGGAAACUAUCUCUUGUUGGCCUCUUCGCCGCGCUACCUCCGAUUCUCGCUGCGGGAUACCUCCGCCUCAGCAUCGAACAAAAGUUCGAAAAGACCAAUGCUGCUGUAUUCGAAGAGAGCUCGCAGUUUGGGACUGAGGCUGUGGGGGCGUUUAGGACAGUUCUUUCAUUGAUCAUGGAAGACAUGAUCGGCAAUAGAUACGAGACGCUGCUACGGUACCACGUGAAGAAGGCUUUCAGCGAUGCGAGGCUCGGAACAGUUGUCUUUGCCGCUUCGGACAGUGUUGAGCUAGGAUGCAUGGCAUUGUCCUUCUGGUAUGGUGGAACCCUGCUAGCCUCCAGAGAGUACGAGGUCACCGACUUCUUCGUAAUUUACAUGUCCAUCGUCCAAGGCGCCGUCGCGGCAGGAAUGUGGUUCUCCUUCGCGCCAAACAUCGCCCAAGCCACCAGCGCUGCAAAUCGAAUCCUCAGUAUGCGCCCCGCGCGCGAUGCCCCACCUCCGACCUACGCACCCAUAGAGCCUUCUCCCUCCGGCGUUGCCAUCGACUUCCGCUCCGUCCAAUUCACCUAUCAAUUGCGUCCCACUCCCGUCCUCAAUAACCUCAACAUCUCCAUCCAGCCUGGCCAAUUUGCUGCUCUAGUCGGCGCAUCAGGAUGCGGCAAAUCGACCACCAUCUCCCUCCUCGAGCGCUUCUAUGACGCCACGUCGGGAAAAGUAGAAUAUAAUGGGCAAGAUAUCACAACUCUGGAUCCGGACGAGUAUCGCCAAAACAUUAGUCUCGUGAGCCAGGAGCCGACGCUGUAUGAGGGCACGAUCAGGGAGAAUGUGGCGCUAAGCGUGGACGACGCGACGGAUGAGGAUAUUCAGGCUGCUUGUGCGGAUGCCCAGAUCCAUGAGUUCAUCACGUCGUUGCCGGAUGGGUAUGCGACACGGCUUGGGCCGAAGGGUAUGUCGCUCUCUGGUGGCCAGAAGCAGCGUCUGUCGCUCGCACGUGCCCUCUUACGCCGUCCCAAACUCUUGUUACUCGACGAAGCGACGAGUUCGUUGGACAGUGAGAGCGAGAAGCUGGUUCAGGAGGCGAUUGAGCGAGCCGCAGGCGAGGGCGGGCGCACAGUCAUCGCGGUCGCGCAUCGUCUGGCGACAAUCCAGAACGCGGAUGUGAUCUUCGUUCUGGGAAGUGGGAAGGUGCUCGAGAAGGGGGAUCACCAGGCUUUGUUGAGAAAGAGGGGCGUAUACUACCAGAUGUGUCAAGCGCAAGCGCUCGAUCGAUAG